AUGCACCGUGCUGUCUUCCAUGGGCUCUGUGCAGCUUCCGCAUUUAGUCUUUAUCACCUUCGCGGCGAAUCCAAGUACCAGUCUCUUGCCGUCCAGCAUGACCAGCAGGCCCUACAACAUCUGCGCCAGAACCUUCGUCCUGGAAACCGACUAGACGAGACAACACUUGUUGCUGUGCUAACGUGUAUCGCGGCUGAGGCUAUGUCUGGCCGGCGCAGCCGAUGGAGAGCUCAUGUUCUUGGCGGACUGGGAAUGCUGGAAAAUGAGCUUGAUGGCGAGUGGCUGCAGUCACCAACAGCGGCACGCUUACUCCAGAGCUACUUGUCUCUCUCAUUACUGUGUAAUUUCCGAAUGUCGGCUCAGUUAGUGGCGUUGCUGAAAGAGCUUCCGAACAUACAGAACUAUCUAGAGCGAUCGCAUGGUGUUUCACGGUCACUCGUACAAUUUCUAGCGGACAUAUCUGCCCUCAGGGAGUCGCCUGGUCAGACCACAGUUGCGGAACUGGACAAUCUGGAGCUGCAGCUUUAUCUCCAAUUUCCCAGUCUGCAUUCACAAGAAACACCUGAGUCGAUUGUCAUCCAGCAUGCGCUGAAUUCCUUCUACUACGCAACCCUUAUUUACUUUCGCCGUUCUCUUCGCCGUGUCCCUGUGGCAGACGUUCAAGACCUCGUCGAGAAAGCCGUCCACGACCUUGAAGCCGCCGAAGCCCUCACCCACAGAAAAGGCGGAUGUGCCUACAAUUGGGCAAGCUUUGUGGUCGCGGCAGAAUGCAGCCGACCGGACCUACAAGAGAGGAUGCUUGUUUUAUUCGAUCGGAAACGCCGUCACGGAAUCAAAAACAUCCAAUCAUUGGGCGAAAUCGUUACGACAUUGUGGCAACGACGAGCAUCUGCGCCUGGAGUAGAUAUCCAUUGGGAGGAGAUUGCUAACGAGGCUGAUUAUGAUAUCAUGCUAUCUGUGUCCCGUCCCGUUUCAUACAGUGUAUCCGCCGUCCACAACCAACGCAGAACCACAGACAAAGCUGCUCAUUGGCGAGGCAAGAUAGAGGAUAGAGUCCGCAAUCUCUUCAGGAUCGGCGGGACGACCCAAUGGAGUUUUUUCGAACUCGCUGUUCAUUGCACCGCUUUCAAUCGCCGCGCGGAUGAUAGGUGUGUCCACAUACCUGGACCAUAA